AUGGCAAAGACCCUGAGUGAUCAUCUACUGCACACCUUGGAGAGUCUAGUGGCUUAUGACCUGGAGAAAUUCAAAUUCAAACUGCAAAAUGCCAACCUGGAUAAAGAUCGAGUUCGCAUUCCCCAUGGUAGGCUUCAAAAUGCUACUGGGUCAGUGAAGCUUGCUGCCCUUCUGAUCAACUAUUAUGGGGAAAGGUAUGCUGUGAAGUUGACCCUGCAGGUAUUGCAAGCGAUCAAUCAAAAUCUACUGGUAGAGGAGCUCAGCCAAGCAAUUACCCCAGAAUGUUUAACUCAAGAGUGUGCCACAGAAAUCUCAGGAACCUCUGCUAUUUCAAGCACAACAGGAUCUAGGACCCUGGAAAUCACUGUUCCUUUGAAGGGAAUAUUAGAGAAUGAAGAUGCUGAUUUUCAGGGUCCAAAUGAAGAUAUUAUGGAUGGAAUUCAGGUGCCAAUUUCAUCCAGCCAGUUGCAUGUUGGCCAAGAAUAUCAGGAGGACACUCUAGAAACAGAUGCAUCUCUGGUUCUGGAGAGCAACAGAUAUGAGAAUUCAGAAGUUGCUGUUACUUUAAGGCAAAAAGCAUACAAGAACCAAGCACCCUUAUUCUUGAGUGCAAAGAGAAUAUCAAACCAAGAAUUUGGUGACUUUUCAGGAGAGCAAAACCACCCAAAUCAAAAAUCAAUGAACAAGGUACAUAGGAAUUCAGAAGUUUCUGUGUCCUUGGGGGAGUCCGCAAUGCUUUAUAAACACCAAGUGCCUGAGUCCCUAAAGGAAAAGAUAUUUGGGAAUGUGGAUACUUCCAUGCUGUCUGGAAAAAAAGAAACCAAGAAUCCUGGAAACCAGUAUUUAAAAGAAGCCUGUGAAGAUGAGCCAAGACUGAGAAGAACACCCACGGAAGCCUUCAACUUCCUGAGGAUCACAGGAGCCCCUUUCAGAGCAGCAUCCCUGAGGAGAGUACAGGAGUCGUGUUCCAUUUGUCAGGCCAUGGUGGCAAACCCAUCAAAUAUUUCCUGGGGGAACAACAUCAGAUACUAUUGCAAUGUUGGGCAUAAUGUCUGCCUCAAAUGCCAAGCCAUGUUUCCUAAGAAUUUCCAACAUAGCAGGAGCCUAGAAAACAUACCUACUGACUUCCAGGAACCAAAACUAAGCCCUCAAUCCAUGCCUCAGUGUGAAUGUCAUCCAAAGCAGCUCCAAGGGCUGUUCUGCAAGGAGCAUGGAAAAACCAUUUGUCUCAUCUGCAGUAUGUCCCAGGAGCACAGAGGUCAUCGAAUGCUUCCCAUAGAGAAGGCUGCUCAGAGUUACAAGGAACAAAUUCAGAGCCAGUUGGAGCAUCUUAAGAAAGUAAGAGAAACAGCUGAAGAGAAGAAAUCACAAGGAAAUAAGACAAUUACAGCCUUCUUGAACAAGACAGAAGCUCAGAAGAAGCAGAUUAUGUCUCAACUGAAGCAGCUACAUCACUUUCUAGAGGAACAAGAGCGACUCUUUGUGGUCUGGUUGGAAGAACUAUACAAAACCAUUUUCAGAAGCAAAGAAGAGUACAUCAUGAAAGCAUCCCUGGAUAUAUCCCUUCUUGAAGAGCUGAUGGGAGAGCUGGAAGAAAAGCAGAAACAGCCAGCCUGGGAAUUCCUACAGGACAUCAGAGUCACCCUAAUGAGAGCAGAAUGGGCGUUUUUUCCUGAGGAGUGGACUCUGUCUCCUGAGUUGAAAGAGAAAACCCACCUUCUCUUCUGGAAAUCAGCGAAUGUGGAGAGAAGCAUGAGGCAGUUCAUAGUGAGUCUGCAAUCAGAAAUGGAAACAUUCAAAAUUUUACAGCUGAGAGAGGUCCAGUUAUAUUCAGCUAACGUGACUCUGGACCCUGAAACAGCUCACCCCAAACUUAUUAUAUCUGAUGAUCGGAAACAUGUGAGAUUUGGGAAGAAGUGUGGAAAGGUGUUUAAUGGCCCACAAAGAUUUGAUGAUUCUGUCAUCGUUCUGGGAUUUCCAAGUUUUACCUCAGGGAAACAUUAUUGGCAGGUAGACGUGGGAGAUAAGACAAGCUGGAUAUUGGGAGUUUGCAAAAAUUCUGUGAACAGGAAGGGAAGCAUAGCCUUUUCACCAGGAAAUGGGUUUUGGUUAAUAAUGAUGACGAAAAAGAAUGAAUACAGUGCCUCCACCAUUCCACCCACUCCUCUUUCUCUGAGGGAACCCCCAAGAUGUGUAGGAAUUUUCAUGGACUUUGAAGCUGGAGAUAUUUCCUUUUACAAUGUGACUGCCAAAUCCCAUAUCUAUACCUUCUCUUUUUCUAGUUCUUCCUCCGGUCCUCUCCGACCUAUCUUUAGUCCUGGUAUUCAGGAUAGAGGUAAAAACACAGAUCCUCUGACCAUCUGUUCAGUGAAUAGGUAG